AAUGGAAGUCAGCUGUCAGAAUCACCGAAAAGACCAGUGUGCGCGUAAUAGUUGUACCUCGUUUCAUUUUCCUGCAGCAUUUGAAGAUUGGAAUCUAUCAGCACUAAACAACUGACAAUGGGUGACACUCCCAAAUCCCCCUUGUCUAUACAAGGUUCAGAUGGUUCAGGCAAGAAAUCAAGACAGGAGGUUGUUUCACGCCAAUCGGGGAGAGUGACUUUUCCAAAUUCAGCAAAAUCUGGAUCAAGCAGACAAUCUGUCAUUUCAGAUGAGUUAGUGCCUCCAGGAAAUCCUUUUAAGAUGCCUCAAGAAAGUGACAUUUUCAUGUUACGAGACAAGGAAAGACAACGGAAGAAACAGGAAAGAGUUCGUCAAAGACAGCUUAAAGUUCACGAAAAAACGACAUAUGCUUCGAAAAUUAAUUUUCGCACCGCUGGUAUGAUUCACCCAGCUGAUUCUGAGGAGGACGAAAAAGAAGAAGAUUCUGACAAAGCAGUGGCCGUAAAGGAUGAUCCGCAGUUUACCAUUGCUGUUACAAGAGAUCGUCAUGUGGAAAAGGAAUCAUUGGCUGAGUACAUCAACAAGAAAAGGGAAAUGUUUUUGGUUCAGUACUCCCUUGGUGUGAAGCGAGAUGAAAUGAGGAAACUGGAAGAAAUUGCACAAGCGGAAGAACGCAAACUGGAACUUGCAGAACAAUACCUGGAGGAAGAUGCUGCCAUGUUUGAUGAGUUUUUGAAGGAAAAUGACAAGAAUUCUGUUGAAGCUAUUAAAAUAGCGGAAGCGGAGACCAAAACAAAAUUAGAGAAGGUGGCAGAGAUAAAACGCAUCAAUGCCCAAAUGAUGGCCAUUAAAUCAGAAAUAUCCAAGUAUGAGGACACACUCAAGGAAUAUCAGAUGUACAAACGUUUCCUGGAAAGUUUGACUCCAGUGGAACUCCAGGAAGAGCGGGAGAAGGCAAGACAAAUCAGGCGUGAAGAGCGCAGAAAAGAGCGAGAAAAGAAUGCAAUCAACAGGAAACCCUCCAUUCCUGCUGAAGAUAAACCUGAAACACCUGCUGAUCUGAAGGUGAAGAGGAAAGUGCCAGGCAGGAUGAGCAUGAUGCACAGGGGAUCCAUCACUCCUAAGUCGAAUGCCAUGGAAGCUGUUGCAGCAGUUGCUGCAGUUACUCCAGUGCCAGAGCCAGUAGAAGAGACAGACAGUGAUGAUGAUUUAGACUUAUACUUCACAGACAGCCAACAGUUAUUAGACAUAUUUGCAGAGCUUGAGGAACAGAAUUUGUCUUUGAUACAAAACAGCCAGGAGACAGAAGAAGCCUUGGAGGAAAUGAAACAAACAAUUAAAUUUACAAAAGUGAAAAUGGAAAAAGAAACACAAAUAUUAAAGGAACAAAUCAAUAAGCUUAAUACAGCAAUAGUUCGGGAAGAGGAAAAAGCAGCAGAUUUGGAAAUGAAAUCAAGAAUGUUUAACUAUGGAGAAUUUAAAGCCCAAGACCAAGAAAUAAUGUUACAACAGCUGAAUAAAAAGGUAGAAGCCGUUUACAGAAGUUGCAUUGGUGACAAUGAAGCCAAUAUCAGCACUCUUCAAAUGUUGACAAACAUAGAAAACAGACUUGAGGAACUCUUUGAGCAGAUUGAAAUGAUGCCACAAGACAAAGUUGAGGCUGCUGAGAAGGCCAAAGAAAAGGAAAGGCGUUUGAAGUUCAGGGAAGAGAAGCUAGAGCAACAGCGCAUACACCAAGAAGAGAGAGUUAAGAGGGCUUUAGAAAGAGCCAAGGCAGAGCCAAAGAAAACGAUGGGCAAGCGACUUGUGUUCAGAUCAGAACCUCCUCAGGUGAAGAAGAAAGAGGACAGUGGGGCUGACCAGGCCAGCCGAGAGGAAGAGGAGCUUGCUUACUUCUUCCAGUGGUAGGCUUUAGAGGAACGCAACACGAUUGGAUUUAGGAUCAGUGGACAUCAUUUGAAGACACACUAAUGGAACUGAAUGGGCACCAGAUUUUUUCUUCUACCUCCUGAAGUGCCCUUUGUGAAUUUGCACAGACCAAAUAUUGAAAAGCGUUGUUAAUGAAUCGACCUAGCAAGCAUCAUUUGAUUUAUCAUCUACGGACAGCAUUUUAAGAUACACAAAUGGCACUGCAUGGACAAUUUUUUUUUUGUUCUACUACUUAAAGUGCCAUUUGCAAAUUUGUACAAACAAAAUAUUUAAAAUGUUGUUAAUGAUUUCACCUAGCACAAGAUACAUGAUUACUCAAUAUAUUAUUGCAAAUGUUGACUUUUUAAAAAUACAUAUAUAUAUAUGACAUCAAA